GCCUGCAGCCUUGGAUGGCCUCUGCUUGCUUAUCCAUCCAUUAGGCGAGGCAGAGGCCCAAGCAAGCAAGCAGCCUCGGCCUUCCGUCCAUCCAUCCGAUAACGCAAGAGGCUACCGAGACCAAAGAAGGAACGGAAGAAAGAGCAGCCAUGGCGACGAAGCCCAUCUCCAUCGAGGUGUGGAACCCUAGCGGCAAGUACCGCGUGGUGAGCACCAAGUCCAUGCCGGGCACGCGAUGGAUCCGCCUGCUCACCGACAACGACUGCCGCCUCGAGAUAUGCACCGAGGCCAAGACCAUCCUCUCCGUCGACGACAUCCUGGCGCUCAUCGGCGACCGCUGCGACGGCGUCAUCGGCCAGCUCACCGAGGACUGGGGGGAGGUGCUCUUCUCGGCCCUCAAGCGCGCCGGAGGGACUGCCUUCAGCAACAUGGCCGUCGGCUACAACAACGUCGACGUCGCGGCGGCCAACAAGAAUGGCAUCGCCGUCGGCAACACGCCGGGUGUUCUGACCGAGACGACGGCUGAGCUCGCCGCCUCCCUCACGCUGGCGGCAGCCAGGAGGAUCGUCGAGGCGGACCAGUUCAUGAGGGCUGGCCUCUACGACGGAUGGCUCCCGCACCUCUUCGUUGGCAACCUGCUCAAGGGGCAGACUGUUGGAGUCAUCGGAGCUGGUCGCAUUGGCUCUGCUUAUGCACGCAUGAUGAUCGAGGGCUUCAAGAUGAACCUCAUCUACUACGACCUCUAUCAGGCCACACGCCUUGAGAAGUUCGUCACAGCAUAUGGGCAGUUCCUCAAAGCAAACGGUGAGCAGCCUGUCACCUGGAAGAGGGCCGCCACCAUGGAGGAUGUCCUCAGGGAGGCUGAUGUGAUAAGCCUGCAUCCGGUGCUGGACAAGACCACUUACCAUCUCAUAAACCCUGAAAGGCUGGCCAUCAUGAAGAAGGAGGCGAUUCUUGUGAACGCGAGCCGAGGGCCUGUGAUCGAUGAAGCUGCCCUGGUGGAGCACCUCAAGGCCAAUCCCAUGUUCCGCGUUGGGCUCGACGUCUUUGAGGAUGAGCCUUACAUGAAACCUGGACUGGCUGACAUGAAGAACGCGGUCCUUGUACCACACAUUGCAUCAGCCUCCAAGUGGACACGUGAAGGAAUGUCAACGCUGGCUGCUCUCAACGUUCUUGGUGGGAUCAAGGGUUACCCUGUGUGGGGAAACCCCAAUCAGGUGGAGCCCUUCCUGAACGAGAAGAUGACGCCACCGCCUGCUUGCCCAAGCAUCGUUAAUGCGAAACAACUUGGUCUGCCAUCUUCAAAGCUUUAGAACAAGGGCGCUGCUAGCUAGCUACAAGUGAAGAUGCUGUAUACAUGGAGGGAUGGCAUGGCAAUAAUAUAGCAUCAGAUCGAUCGAGCAGCUGCACUGUAGAUGUCUUCUGUCAGAGCUUCUUCCAUAUAUCAUCACCCUCGAGUUUAUUAAUUAAUUAGCAUUUGUAUAUAUAUAGAUGCAGCUGCCUGCAUGAAUUGGGUUCCCGGCCGUAACAAUAAGCAGCAGCUAUAUAUAUGUAGCAUGUUACGUAUAUACAUACAUGCAACUUAAUUAGUUUUUGAUCCAUCUAUCAGCUGGAGCCACACUCUACGUUGCAUAUCAUCAUGUAUUCAUCUACAUGUAUGUAUGUAUGUAUGUAUAUGGCAUGCAUAUGUAUUUUUCUGCGCUGAACGUACAAUAACUUAUUUGUUACACCAUAUAUGUACCGUGUACACCGACAA